AUGGCUUCAGCAGUCCUGGGGAGCAUACAAGAGGAGGUGACCUGCCCCAUCUGCCUGGAGCUCCUGAAGGAACCUGUGAGCGCAGACUGCGGCCACACCUUCUGUCGAAACAGCAUCAAACUGAAUUAUGAGUCCACCAAAGAUCAACGGGAAGGCAGCUGCCCUAUUUGCCAAGUCAGUUACCAAUUUGGGAAUCUACAGACUAAUCAGCACGUGGCCAAAGUAGUGGAGAGGGUCAAAGGGAUGAUGUCAUGCCCAGAAGAGGCGCGGUCUGUGCACCACUGCACAAGCCAUGGAGAGAGACUCCAGCUGUUUUGUGAAAAGGACAGGAAGCUCAUCUGUUGGCUUUGUCAGCAAUCUCAGGAGCACCACAGUGACCAAACAUUACUUAUAGAAGAGGUGGCCCAGGAGUAUCGGGGGAAGCUCCAGGUAGCUCUGCAGAAACUGAUGACAGACAAGAAAAAAUGUGAGAACUGGAAAGAUGACCUCCAAGAAGAUGGAACCUUCUGGCAGAAGCAAAUACAGAGUGAUGUGUGGAAUGUUCAGGAAGAGUUUAAAAGGCUCAGAGACAUCCUGGACUCUCAGGAGAAGAAUGAGCUACAAAAACUGAAGCAAGAAGAGGAAGACGUUCUGAGUAGCCUGGCGGAGUGUGAAAAUAAAUGGGUCUAGCAGAUGAAGUUGAUGGCAAGUCUCAUCUCAGACCUGCAGUGUCGAUUGCAAGGGUCAACCUUGGAGAUGCUGCAGGGUCUGAAGUAUAAAGAUCAUUCUUUUUGCAUUUCUAGGAGUCAGACCUGGAGGCUGAGGAAGCCAAAAUCAAUCCCCAAAGGACAAAGAUGGUUCCGAGCUCCUCUUGUGAGAGGGAUGCUGGAAGUGUUCGGAGAGUUAACCAAGGUCCAGAGCUCUUGGGUUCAAGUGAUACCAUUUCAAAACAACCAUCCCAACAUUGCAAUCACUGAGGACAAGAGACAGAUAAAGUAUGAAGAUCAGAAAAGAAAUUUUGUACAACACGGUGAGAACUGUCAUGAAGUUAUCCUGGGAUACCCAGCCAUCCAAUAAGGAAAACAUUACUGGGAGGUGGAUGUGUCUAGAAAAGGUGCCUGGAUCCUGGGAUUAAGUGAUGGAAGCUACUUCUUCAAUCCCAUACUUCAUUCAAAUGAUGAAAGACACCAUAGACCUUUAUUUGCUUUUGGUAUUAGACAAGAUUUAAAUUAUCAGCCUAAAUAUGGGUUCUGGGUUAUAGAAAUGCAGAAAAGGAUGACAUACAACGCCUUUGAGGAGUGCCCCCUCAACAGAGUCUUGACGCUCUCUCUGUCUGUUCCUCUCAAUCGUGUUGGAGUGUUUCUAGACUACGGGGCUCUCACUCUCUCAUUUUAUGAUGUUUCCAAUCAUGGGGUUCUCAGCUACAGAUUCUCUGUAAACUCCUUUCCUGAUAAAGUUUUUCCAUAUUUUAAUCCUAUGCGAUGCUCAGAGCCAAUGUCCAUAUGCUGGACUCUUGAGGCUUCCCCCAUUUCUGCGCAAGCAGGACAACACUGUAGUCAGGACAGGCAGGAGCAGCACACUGCCUCUAUGGCUUCAGCAGUCCUGAAGAACAUCCAGGAGGAGGUGACCUGCCCCAUCUGCCUGGAGCUCCUGAAGGAACCUGUGAGCGCAGACUGUGGCCACACCUUCUGCCAUGCUUGUAUCACAUUGAACUAUGAGUCCACCAAAGACCAAGAGGGGGAGGGCAGCUGCCCUGUGUGCCGAGUCAGUUACCAGUUUGGGAAUCUGCGGCCUAAUCGGCAUGUGGCCAACAUAGUGGAGAGACUCAAGGGGGCCGACUUGAGUCCAGAGAAGGAGCAGGAGGUACACCACUGUGCCCGCCAUGGAGAGAAACUCCAGCUGUUCUGUGAGAGGGACAAGAAGGUCAUCUGUUGGCUUUGUGAGCGAUCUCAGGAGCACCGUGGUCACCAAACCUUUCUCAUUGAAGAGGUGGUCCAGGAGUACAAGGAGAAGCUCCAGAAAGCUCUGAAAAAGCUGAAGACAGAUGAGGAAGAAUUUGAGAACUGGGAAUAUGACCUCCAAGACCAUAGAACCUUGUGGCAGAAACAAAUACAGAGUGAUGUGCAAAAUGUUCAGGAACAGUUUAAACGACUGAGAGACAUCCUGGACUCUGAGGAGAAGAAAGAGCAGAGAAAGCUGGAGCAAGAAGAGGAACGCAUUCUGAGUAGCCUGGCAGAGUCUGAAACUAACCUGGUCCGACAGAGGGAGUUGGUGAGAAAUCUCAUCUCAGACCUGGAGCAUCAGAUGGAGGCAUCAGCCAUCGAGAUGCUGCAGGAUGUGAAUUGCCUCCUAGAAAGGUAUGAAACUUUGACACUAAAGAAGCCAAAACAUAUCCCCAGAGGACAAAGAAGAGCAUUCCAAGCUCCUGAUCUGACAAAGGUGCUACAGACGUUCCAAGCACUAACAGACGUCCAGCGCUACUGGGUUCAGGUGACCCUGACUCAAAGCAACAAUCCAAACAUCGAAGUUUCUGAAGACCACAGACAACUAACAUAUCAUAAGAGAAAAAACUUUUCAUUCUGGGAUCAGGACUGUCAAGAUGGCAUCCUGGGCAACCCAGCUAUCCUUUCAGGGAAACAUUACUGGGAGGUAGAUGUAUCUAGAAAAUAUGCCUGGUUCCUAGGGUUAAAUGAUGGGAGAUGCAUCAAACCUGUAUUUGUUUCAAUGGGGGAAAGGUCCAACCUACACCAAUUUAGUUCUAAUGUUAAACAGUAUACAAAUUAUCAGCCCAAAUGUGGCUACUGGAUUAUAGGACUGAAUAAUGAGUCCUCAUACAAUGCUUUUGAUGAGACUCCAUUCACCUAUGAUUCCAGACUCUUCAACCUCUUUCUGACCAAUCGUCCCAGUCGUAUUGGAGUUUUCCUAGACUAUAAAGCUGGCACGCUCUCAUUUUAUGAUGUUUCCAACAAUGGGGUUCUCAUCUACAGAUUCUCUGCAUGUUCCUUUCCAAAGAGAGUUUUUCCAUAUUUUAAUCUUAGGGGAUGUGUGCAGCCAAUGACAGUUUGUUGGCCAAACUCUUAAAUCCUCACCCGUUUAUGUGACAUGCCUCUGUCCCUGGUGUGUCUCAUAUACCUGAGCUUGUGGGUGCCACUUUACUUUUUCUUUGCUGUCUCUAGUUUUCCAUUUGCACAUCUUUCACUUGUGAAUAGGAAUUAGGAUAUAUGCGUUCCCUUGAACUGUAUCAUUCCCAAUCCCUUCUUUGUUUAUGAGAGAAUAGUAAUUUAUCAUUUCCCAUACACUGAAGGAAAUGACUGAUUCCUGGUUAAGUGAAGUAAUACCACUGCUAAACUUCUUUUUUCUCCUCCACAUCUUCUUCCUCCUCUUUCACCUCCUCCCUCUUCUCUACCUCCUCCCCCUCCUCCUCCUCCCCCUCCGCCUCCUCC